CGCAACAACAAACAUGACUGAUUCCGAUUCCGACUCUGCACUCUCCUCUGCGCCGCCUACCGAGGAUGAAAUGCCCGUCGAGACUGCGCCUGCAAAGGCCCCGAAGGCUGCGCCCCAAAAGAAGAAAAAGAACGGCACCAUCUUGACCUUCUUCAACAAGAGAUCACCCUCGCCGCCGGCGAGGCAGCGUCCAGCGUCACCACCCCAUGAAUAUGUUCCAGAAGAUAAUCCGGACAUCGCUUUCAUAGUAAUGUUCCGGUCGCGAUUCAACGAAGCCUUCCCCCGUAAUGCGCCUCAUGUCGGGCCUCAGGACAUCGAGCUGGGCGUCGCAGAGGGUGCACCGUCACCGGACGUUGAAGGCCUGCUAUGCGCUCUGCUUGGCUUAGUCCUGAAUCGCAAGAAGCCUGUCGAGAAAGGUCACUAUGGCCGGGCUCUCGAAGAAGCAAUUCAGACACAGAAAUCGCAGUGGCCAGCCAAGUGGAACUACAUAAACCCCCUCAGCGGCAGUCGCUCGUUCAACACCAUGACACCGACAGAGCGCAUCAUCCUCCUCCACACCCUCUGCCUCUGGAGUCUGAAUCAGAGCGAAGAAGUCAAGGCUAUGAUCGCCCAAGCCUACAAAUCACGAACGACGAAAGACAAGCUCGACACAAACAUCCCGUUGUCUGUGCAGCCAUGGGGUCGCGACGGCGAGAAGCGCCGGUACUGGCUGGUUGAGGGUCAGAACGACACCCAUUUCCGUGUGUAUCGCGAAGGAAAAUCACAAACGGCCAAGGCGACAUGGUGGAGCGUUGCUGGAUCCAUCGAUGAGCUGAGAGUACUGGCAAAGGUCUUAGAAGAGGAGGACGGUCAUAGGGAGGCCAAGAUGCUCAGCGAGCGGAUGAUCAACGCCGUCCCACGCUUCGAAGCCUCAGAAGUGAAGCGAAAGCGCCGCGAAUACCGUGUCAACCGCACUGCCGCCUUCACACGGCCCGAGCCUGGCUUCUCGCUUUACGAAGGUCGCACCCGUGGCAAGCGCCAGCGAUACACUUACGACGAAGGAGACGACUUCGACUCGGAUGAUGCUCCUGUCCGUCGAUCAAGUCGACAGUCUGCGCGAGACUCCUCACCCAUGCACUCCGGUCCUACCGUCACUGCCAGCGGUCGACAGGUCAGGUCUCGUGCGGCGGGCACAUAUGGCGAAACGCUCCACAGUGGACAAACGACCGACCGCGCAUCCCCAGCUACUGGAGAGUACGUACGGUCUGACGUCUCUGAGGAGCCGCGACAGAGCCGUUCGACACGCGCCGGCAAUCGCUCACACUUGAACCGCGAAAUGGACUCAGAGGAAGACGACGACGCUACAUCCUGGGAUGGUGGAGAGGAAGAGGAGGAGCCCGAUCAGAUGGACCUCGACGACGGAGAUGAGGAUGAUCUGGCCGAUCAGUCUUCGGACGAGGAGCAAGAACCACAAACCCUCCUCGUCACCUUACACUAUCGCAAACAACCGUCCAACAUCUCCGACGAAACAAACUCUGAACCAGCAUCGACCAACGGUGCAAAGCACAAUGCUGAUAUACCGAUGUCAGAUGUUGGCGCACCGCUCCAGCCAGCAGCCCCCGCUAUCGCUGUUGCUCUGCCACCUACACAACCAGCACCUCAACCGCCUUGUGUCAUUCCUACCGCCAUACCAAACAGCCUUUCCGUUCAGCAACCUACAGUCAUUGCUGCACCCAAGGUCGAACAGCAGCAGCCGCCAGCAGAGGCGAACGCGCUUCCCAAGCUUGACGGUUUCUUCUCCGCGCCAACACCACCAUACAUCGCACCUGAGGAAGCACCCAAGCAGGAGCAACCGCCAUUCCACCCAGUCCAGCCCGAGGCACCCCAGCAACUGCCAUACUCGACGACUCUGCCUGUUACCACUCAUGCACCGAAUUGGCAGUAGAACUGUCAGUCUGCGUUUGCAGAGUCACAGCAGCAGCUCAUCACCCCUCCAGAUUCUGCGCGUAGCGACUACAAGUCGCCAUGAUCGUUCUGUUGCUCCAGAUAUGGUUCUUGGGACCUCGCCCCGGGAUGUAUCCACCCGCAUGCUGGGUUGCGGGAUUGUCUUGUUCUUUAGCGUGUAUACUAGUAGAGAAGCGUCUGCCCUGAUGGCGGGUUCAGAGGCGUUGGAGCAGUUCUUGAGG